AUGUCUGUCUUUCGUGACUUUCUUUCAAAUGAUCCUUAUGAUCCAUUUUACGAUCAAACUUCUGAUUUGAAUUAUCCCUAUACUACUACUUGGAACGAUUGGAAUAAUUGGCCUAUUAAUACUACCGACCGUUGGAAUGAUCGCUGGGGAAAUCGCGAUCUUGGAAUGACUGACAGGGGAGCACGACGCCGUGCACCUAUUCAAGAUCGCAUACCGCGUCAUGUUGAAUCGCGUGUUAUGACAGAAAAGGAAGGUGACGUUGGAGUUCCUAAGGAAGAUAUUUCAAUCGAUCUACGUGAUCGUGAACUUAUCGUCCAAGGCGAAUCCAAGCGUGCUACCGCUUAUGAAACUGCAACAUCUCGUGUUCGCGAACGUAGCCUGGGUCGUUUUCGGAAACACAUUUAUUUGCCUCGAGAUCUUUCCAGCGAAAAAAUGGACAUCGAAGCAAAAUAUGAGAAUGGAUUACUCGAAAUAAAGAUUCCUCGCGGAAAACAAGGAUCGACAGGUCGGAUUUCUAUUACAUAA